CUGUACUAGCAUUUAACUUUCGCAACACGUUAACGCGAAAUCACAAAAGCGCAGCAAAAUGCAAAGGAAGAAGAAAAGGAAGAAAGGAAGAAAAAAGUUUUCCUCGUCGCUGCGUUGCGCCACCUGUGGAAUGAAGGCGGAGUCUUAGCCCGAGGGUCCAGUUCAAAACAACAAACGUACAAAAACGCCGCGUCGAACUUCGGCCCGACAAGUUUUUUUCUUCUCCUUUCGCAAGCGCUGCGUGCUGGCUGACAAGCGACGGACGAUGCGACGAAGGUAUCGCGAAUGACGGAGCGGCAGCUGUGAACGAACUUCUCGACGGAGACGCCGAUUCUCGUGGGACCGUCCCAUUCGGGAAUGCUGCGUUCUCGCCCGUGACAGCGGCGGCGGAAGCAGGUUUAGCCAUUGCAGCUCUCACGUUGCAGUUUUCUGUGUCUUCUUAUCCUUUCCUCUCUCUCCCUCUCUCUCGUCAACGAGCCGACCUCUCGUCGUCGCCAUGGUUCGGACCUCGGGGACAGCAGUGCGCCUGCCGAGAGACUGCGAGUCCUGACGUCCUGCGCGCAGCGCUAGCGAGAGUGUCACUUGCACCUGACGCGCUCGAUCCGUACCGUCAUUUGAACAGCGUGUGUGCGCGCGAACACCAAGCGGUGCGUCAAGAAACGCUAUGUCGUCGACGACCGCGGAACGGACCCGCUCGCCUCCGAGCCUGGGGUCGUCGAGCAGCGGAAGCAGCACUCCGCGGCCGCUGCUCAUAUCAGACACAAAGGACUUGCGCGCCGUGAUCGGCUGUCAGAUGCUCCUCUUGCACGCUCUCCGUAAGCGCCGAAGACGGAUGAUCCUGGACCGUCGCACGUACGCGGUGCAGAACACGAUGCUUUUGCGCCGCGUCCAGAGACGACAGUCCAGGAUCCACUUUCUCAUGAGCAUCCUGAAGACUGCCUUCUCGGCCGGCCUUGGCCGGGACCUGUGCCCGAACCGAGUGCCAAACUCCAACCACGUCUCGUCCUCGGCAGACUUCGUCGACGGCCUUUACGAGGGCGACACUGAGCUGGACGACGCGUCACAGGACGCCAACGACCGCCUCCUGACCCCGGGGCUCAUUGGCGACGACGUCUGGCUGAACACGUUCAGGGUCGGGAAGGAUCUCUACCAUUUCCUGCUCACUGAACUCAAGCCCUUCAUGACGAUGGACCAGGCAGCCAACGGUGGCCACCCGCCGUACGAACAGCGCGUCGCCAUAGCGCUCUGGCGUCUCGGCAAGGUCUGGGAUGACCCGGCAUUGCUGAGGGCCUUCGGAGUGACAGGCGACACGGUCGGCGCCAUCGUGCGGGAGUUCUGUUCGGCAGUCGUGAAGGUGCUGAUGCCCCGAUUUGUGCAGGUACCCUUUGACGAAGACCUUGAUGACAUCACUGACCAGUUUCGUGAAAAGGCUGGCCUUCCACAGUGCGCUGGCGCCCUCUGCUUUGCACACGUCCCCAUCCAGCCACCACCAGAUGACGACUCUGGCGAGUACACCAACCCAGAAGGCUGGAACUCCAUCGUUGUGCAAGCCGUUGUCGGCGCUGACCGGCGUUUUUGGGAUCUCAACAUCGGCUGGCCUGGCAGCACGCAGGUAUCCCAGGUCUUGCGCAGCUCCAGCCUCUGGAAGAAGGGCGAGGAAGGCACACUCUUCGUCGGCCACGAUGAGGACAAUCCCCAAGUGGGACGUACACACAGGGUUCUUGCUGCGGGUGCAGGCUACCCUCUCCGCAACUGGAUCAUCACGCCGUUCCUCAACCCGGACGAACGGCAACUCCGUUUCAACCGUGCGCUCUGCGAGGUCCUCUCGGUCGGCGAGGUGGCAUUCAGGCACCUCGAGGCGCGCUUCCCGUAUCUGCUGCGUCACAAUGGCAGCGGUGUUGACCUGAUGCCGAGCAUUGUGGCUGCGUGCAGCACACUGCACAACAUGUGCGAGGAGUGGGGUGAUGGCAUUGGUGACGCGUGGCUUGCCGAGGCUUCGAGGCAUGCACUGCCACAGCCGCAUCCUGGUGCGGAUCCAGCUCGCGACAUGUCACGGUGCCUUGAGGCAGAAGCCAUUAGGACGGCUCUAUUUGCAACCGUAGUUAAGUGAGGUUAGAGUUUGCAGUUGUCAAGUGUUUUCCUUCCACAAUAAGGGAAGGAUCAAUCAUCACUUUGCUUGAGUGCUAACCAUCUCAACCUCGACAUGGCAAAUCUGCCUUUGGCCAGCUACCUCUAUCAGACUCAGUAUUUGGCGAGGCCCUGAAGUCCAGAUGGAUUUGCCCAAAACGGUUCUUUUGAAGCUUGAGUGUUACGAUGUGUGCUUUUUCAAAGUGGUGCAGAGGAGGUACGAGUGACUGUACAACAAGGACGAAACAACCUUUGGCUGGUAUAAUAUCACAGUCAAGGGGACAUAUUUUGGGGCUAUAGCUUUUGGCAAUACUAUCACAUUGGCCAUCAGGCACACGCUGAUUGGCUGGUUGAGCACUGCGUCACGCAAGGGCGAUAAUAUUGCCAAAGUGAUAGUCUCAGAAUACGUCCCCAGACCUGCUGUAGCAACUGGCUCUUUAAGAUGUCUUCCAGCAAAGCUAGAUCCAAGUGAUGGCACCUGCUAUCCUAAUGCAAAACUGUCUAAAUGAUCAUUUGUAAGCAUAGUUCAGCGAGUUCACUUUUUUCACACUAUCUUGCACAAGGCAUACAUACGGUUGCUGGCCGACCAAAGCUUUUUUCGUGGUUAGAUUAUUUCAUAUCCCACUGCUGAACAAUCCAAACAAUACUGCCAUGGUACUUCAGUCAAGGUCCAGCUUAGGACUUCGACUUAUAGUUCAGCUCAUUGUUUGUUCACGUGCCCACCAUUCGUACACAUGGCCUGCUCAAAACUCAGCCUCGUGUUGUCACAAUCUUCCCACACUUUGUGAGCAAUCGGUUCAUACUGGCCUCUCGCAACCACUCUGUGAUGAACUGAUUAGCCACAAGUGCAUCGUCACAUUCACCCAUGUCCAUACCACAGCCUAUUCUCAGUGGCCAGUAUCUCAACUGCACUCUGGCUUUUACCAUGCAGGCACGGGCACAGAAUUCUUUUUUUUUUCUUCACAGCUGAUUCUUGUCUGGUUAGUAUGCCAAUGUAGCAUUUAUUGCCACUGCCUUCCAUGCCAUGCCUUUAUUUUUUCUGUUCACAUUCAGGUCAUGAACAGUCAUCACCUUGGCUCGUUGAAGGCAUUGAUUGUCAUUCUAAGAUUACUUGAGGAAAAUCUGGGAGUGCAGCUGUCUAUCACUGUGAAAAUUAUGGGUGGUGCAUGGAUUUUUCUAUAAUUUCACAUAACAUCGUUGGGAAAAUGCACUGCGACUUCUUUUAGUGUUCUUACAGUUUGGCUGUGUGGGAGGAUAGGCUUGCUAUGUUUUUAGAACAGUCUUUAGAGCAAGUGUUUCACAUUAACAGCUGAAUAAUUUUGUCAUGAAAUUUCUGGCUCUUAAAUCUGAACACUUUGGAGUAUAUCACUAAGUCUAUAUGAUAUUUGGUUAGUAAUACUCAUCGUGGAUAAAUCUUUCUGAUAUGCUGAAGUUUUUUUGUGUUUUUUUUUUGCAUCCAAAUGGUAGAAAUUGUAAGCUAAGUGAGGUUGAUCAUUGCCAUUCAAUGAACCUGCGACAAGCAAGUGGCUCCAGCAACGGUAAUACAGAAAGCGACAAGGCCGUUCGGAGCCAAAGGGCAGAAGUUUAGACAAAUCCAUGGACUGACGUCAUUCCUAUGCUGGUUUAGCCACCAUACUGGUGGACAUAAUGCGUGCCCCAGCACCAGAUUUUCCUCUGGUGGUCUUGCUGUGAAACUGUGUUGUUGAGAUGGGCAGACAAGCUGACACCUGUUGUGCAAGUGUUCUUCUGGAGAGCUGUGCACUGAGGUAUGCUCUCUUUGUACUCACUGUUGCAGAAGUGCAGCAAUAUUAUUUGUCUAUGUGGAGGGAGGAGGGUGCAGAAAAUGCUGCUGUGAUUGUCGAGCUUCGUUCUUACAAAGUAGAGUUGCCUUGGGUUCAGCUGUUCAAAUACAAGGCGAAUGUAGAUAUGGGGCAGUAUUCUUGCACGAUCAUUGCACUGGGGAUACAGUCACUGUUGCAAUAUCUCAAAUGACAACAUUGGAUGCCGCCAUUGUAUACGGACAACGGUGUUCCUGGUGCAGUGACAAGCUUGCUAUCGUUGCACAGUUCCAGCAACACUGCCAGGUGUGUGACGUGUCCCAUGCUGAUUAACGCGAGACCUCGCAAAAGUGACCACGGGAGAGUACCGCCAGUGGUUUUGCCGUGCACGCACUACUCUGCAUAAGGUUUGUUGCAUUUAUGUGGGGAGGGAAGUGAGAGUGGUGAAAGUGGGGUUUUGAUGUUUGGUCAACUGUCCACAUGUUGUUGCACUCUUUAUGCACCUUGAAAACAAAUUUGUUAAUUCAUAGUGGAUGACAUUAAGGAACAAAGCAGGUGCUCAGUUGUCAGAAAAAAUAUGAAGAGGCCCAAUAUUGCUAAACAUAGAAAUACUGAAUUUCGUGGCUAUAUACUUGGAAAGGAUAUGAGCAGCUCGGACUACACUUGUAGAAGAGGGCUUAACAUGGACAAACUUGAUAUUGUACCUUGCCAUUACUUCGUAAACAGUACAGCUGGCAAAAACUGCCUAACCAGCACAAAAUUUCCAUAUACAUUGUAGUUUAUCGUCACUUUUGUCAUAUUUUUAAGUGCUCAAAUCGGUACUGUGAAUGCUUGAAUGUCUUUUCAUGUUAGUUUCAUGUCAUAUCUUUUCAUGUCAGUUUGGACAGGAUUGCCCAAUGUAAAGCACCCUCUUUGCGCAUCGUUUCAAGCUCUUUUAAUGUUGUGUAUACAACAGGGUACGGCUGGUCACAGUUUCUACAACUCCACAUCACAAGACGGCCAUCAUAUGGCUUUUGAGAAUCUCGUGCUUUGUAAAGGUCACACAAGGACUGUCCACUGAGACUAGAAGAAAAAAAGGCAUUCCUUAGUUUGGCAGGGGAAGCACUUCUACAUUUUCUUGUAUUUUUAUGCUUUUUUUGUUUGUGAUGCAUGUAGACAUGCAGUGUCACAGUACGUCAUUACUACUCACAUGUUUUAUAGAAUUUGCUUAGUGGUGCCUCUUAUAAUUAUCUGUUGUGUGUGUUUACAAAGAAUUUGCAUUCCAGCAUUUUGGCAUUGAAAUGCCAUUUUUUUUUAUUCUUACCUGACAAAAGUGAUGUCAAUUCCAUUUACGGGUAUUUGAGGAUCAGAAGCAGCAAGCGCGUUCAUGUAUUUGUAGCUUGUAAGCUGCUACAGUCCUUGUUGAAAAUUUCUACAGCUGCAUUUUUAAUGUGGUGAAAUGCAAGAGCGCUUACGUACGGGUCUUUUGGUG